CACAACCACCAUCCUUUUUAACCGGGACAACAUGGCUACUGCAACGGGCCGUUACUACAGCGAAGACGGCAGGGCAACGAAACGACAGAAAACCGACGGAAUGGCCACGGGAUAUGAAGACCCACACAAAACUCUUCCGUCUGUGGUGGUGCAUGUGCGGGGGCUGGUGGACGGCGUCACGGAGGCCGACCUGGUGGAGGCCUUGCAAGAAUUUGGAGCAAUCAGCUACGUGGUGGUGAUGCCCAAGAAGCGUCAGGCUCUGGUGGAGUACGAAGACAUGAACGGCUCAUCCACAGCUGUAACUUAUGCUGCAGACAACCAAGUAUACAUCGCUGGUCACCCGGCCUUCAUCAACUACUCGACCAGCCAGAAGAUCUCCAGGCCGGGAGACUCUGACGACUCCAGAAGUGUUAACAACGUCCUCCUGCUCACCAUCAUGAACCCCAUCUACCCCAUCACCACGGAUGUCCUCUACACUAUUUGUAACAACUGUGGGCCUGUUCAGAGAAUCGUCAUCUUCAGGAAGAACGGCGUCCAGGCAAUGGUUGAAUUUGACUCCGUGCAAAGCGCCCAGCGAGCCAAAGCUUCCCUCAACGGCGCCGACAUCUACUCCGGCUGCUGUACCCUGAAGAUCGAGUACGCAAAGCCCACUCGCCUGAAUGUGUUCAAGAAUGAUCAAGACACCUGGGACUACACGAACCCCAAUCUGGGCGGCCCAGAUGGUGAUGCAGAUGGCAAUGGGAGCAGUGCAGAGGACGUGAACGCCAACCCCAACAAGCGCCAGAGACAGCCUGCUCUGCUGGGCGACCACCCUCCAGAGUACGGAGGCGGUUACCAUGGCUACGACGAGAGCUAUGGAUCCCCGCCCUACGAGGGUCGGCGCAUGGGUCCACCGAUGAGAGGCCGCGGAGGACGAAGCUACGGGCCCGGCUACGGACCGCCUCCCCCUCCUCCCGGCGAGUACGGUGCCCACGCCGACUCCCCCGUUCUCAUGGUGUACGGGCUGGAGCCUCUGAAGAUGAACGCCGACCGCGUCUUCAACAUCUUCUGUCUCUAUGGGAACGUGGAGCGGGUGAAGUUCAUGAAGAGUAAGCCUGGGGCUGGCAUGGUGGAAAUGGGAGACUGCUAUGCAGUGGACCGCGCCAUCACCCACCUCAACAACAACUUCCUGUUUGGACAGAAACUCAACGUCUGCGUGUCCAAGCAGCAGGCCAUCGUUCCCGGGCAGUGCUACGAGCUGGACGAUGGAACGAGCAGUUUCAAGGAUUUCCACGGCUCCAGGAACAACCGGUUCACGUCCCCAGAACAGGCAGCUAAAAACCGCAUCCAGCACCCGAGCAACGUGUUGCACUUCUUCAACGCCCAGCCAGACGUCACGCCGGAGGUUUUCUCUCAGAUUUGUGAGGAGAUCGGUGUCAAGAGCCCCGUUAACGUCAAAAUGUUCACAGGGAAAAGCGGUGCAGCUCCCAGCGAUCGCAGCGCUUCAGGUCUGCUAGAGUGGGAGUCCAUCAACGACGCCAUGGAGGCUCUGGCGCUGAUGAACCACUACCAAAUGAAAAAUGCAGCUGGUCCCUACCCCUACACCCUCAAGCUGUGCUUCUCCACCGUUCAGCACGCCAACUGAGCGCCCUGUUGUAGCCGUGUGAAGAAGAUGAAGACUGAUCCACCAUUCCCAUGUUCACGUGUAUUUAGACCAUGACUGCUUGCAACACACCUGGGGUAAAUUGAUUUUCAACAAUUGCGAAAUCUUUCACAAUUGAUGCCUAAAGUUCAAACUCCUCAUAUUUGGUAUAUUAGGCAGACUUAACAGAUGCUAACAGGCAUUUAAAUUUUUGAUAUUUAUGCCCCAGAUGUGGUUUAUAGAGUAUCAGUUCCUGUAUGUCAUCAAUAUUAAGUUGUCCUUUUUACUUUUUGUAUUAUGCUUAUACAGUAACCUGACAUAGCAUAUUUGAAAGAACUGGUUUUAUGCUCAGGUGGGUCCGUGGCAGUGGACAACAUGGUUUUGUAAAAGUUGUCUUUUGAAACUUUUAUUAUAUAUCACUUUUCUUUGUUGUGUUAUUUUAAUUGCUGCCUAUUCAGUUCUGCAUCUCCGUGUCUGAUGUGCAGAUGGAGAAUUGUUUUGUUCUAAGAAAAUAAAAAAACAAUUUAGAGUUGA